GGUAUUGUUAAUAUUUCAUGAAUAUUAGUAAUUUCAAAUUGCACAAGAUCACAUUUACGCGGAGAUAAGCGCAUUGUGUACUUCAAUUCGCUUGUAAAAUGGAUAAAGCUUUUGGAUUUAUUUUACUUCUUGGCUUCGCCGGUGUCGAAAGCACGGAACUGCCGGAUAUACUGAGUGACCUCGCCAAAACAGUCAAGGGAGUGGACGAAUUUGUGCAGAUCGGCACGCACCUUGCUGGAACCCUCGGCACUAAGGACUCAGGGGAGAUACCUUUUGGUGAGGAUGGGAGGACGAUAAGCUGGUCCUUUAAAGGGAAGAUGAUUGGCUUCCAGUGGAAAUACAUGGGAAUAUGCACUGACUCCAAAACGGGCCAUACUGAGACAGUGUUCAUGGAAAGCAGAGGGGGAGCAUUGGACCACUGCUUAACGAACCUCAUAGGGAGACUCAAAAGAGAGGAACUUUAAUUGUUUACUAUUAUCAGGAAUGCAGACACUUGAUACAGUUCUUUAGUGAUACUGAUUUAGUUUCUUUAUACAUUCGAAUGGCAAAUGUUUUAAAACAUAUAAACAUAUAGCAAGUUUAAAAUCUUUAAUACCUACCUAGUUUCCAGCUUUGAGGUUUUCAAAAUGUGAAGAAGAAUAUUAAGAAGAAAUAACAAUCUUUGUAACAAAUGACCAGCUUAUGAAAAUGAUUUGCACUUAAUUAUGUAUUGUACUAAAUUUGAAAGUUAUGAAUCUUUUA